AUGAUUUUGGGGAAAAAAUUAAGCUAUCGUGUUUCCGCGAAAACAAAUCAUCUCCUGAAAAUAGGUCGUAGUGAUAUUUUCAGGGAAGGGCUUAUUAUAAGCUCUCUUCUGAAAAUAAAACCUAACUCGGUCUUGUCGCAGCUACAGGCAGUACCAGUACCGGCGUUUCCUAUAACGCACCAAGCCCUG